CAUAGUUGUUAUCCAUUGUUUGUUGAUCCGUUACGUGUAAAUACAUUUGUCGAUCAGUGAAAUCAGUGUCUAGUCCUCUGUUUAAUAGUGUUUUUCACAGUACUAUUUGCAACUAUGUAUUGUGAUAAUUACAGAUUUUACCACCGUGAAAGUAGUACAUCCAUCGUAAUGAGUUCGAUUGGGGACAAUUCUCCUUUGUGGGGAAGUGCCCAGUUUAGUUACUCCAAGUAUGGUUUAUCGACACCAACUCACUGGCCUGGCAGUCCACAAGAGUCAAUGCAGCAGCAUCAAGAGUUCACUUAUCAUUCAUAUCCGGGCCGUGAUGAUGCCCAGUUUAUCGAGUUAAAGCCAGAAUCUGGCAUUGAAAUUGUUGAAGCUGAUUCCACAAUAAGUGAACAGGCGUUGAACAACAAUCAUCUUUCGUGGCCCGCCUAUCAGCAGCAACCGUUUCAUAUACCACACGGAGGUUAUUUACCGCCGGGGCUAAUUCCACAAUCACCGUUUCCAAACAGUAAUAAUGUUUUGUUAUUAGACAAUGGAACCUUCAUGCCACACAACCGACAAUCUCCAGAUGGAGGAUAUUCUUCGCCAGGCAGCAUCGGAUCUGAGUAUUACAACGGCUACCACGUGCAACCGCAUGGAUACAAUGCAACACAACAACCUUACCAGGGGACACCACCUUCAACAGCGGAACCAAUUACGAUCAAACUUGGUGAUCUGGACAUUGUAAUCAAGGAUGAAGCAACGGAAGGCUACAAAACGGAGGAGCCAACACUUUUGCAAAAUUUGACACCAACUUCUGGCGUAGAAAAAUUCGAUCGAAAAAAGGCCAUCAUCCACGAAAACAUCCUAAUCAGACCGGCAACAAAACCGAUCAACUACGAGAACAUUUCUGCUCAGGUCGUCAAACCGGAACAAACAGCUCAUCCAUACACCAAUCCAAAUAACCACCUGGAUGGUGCAAUACAGUUUAAUAUCCAACCGCUUCCGGAGCAACUAGGAUACGAGAAUCUACACCAAGCAGAUAACAAACAACAAAGUCCGCAGACUGUCGUUCAACCACAACAGCAACCUCAGCGAUCGCAGGGAAAGAAAACCCGUAAACAACGACACUCAGCCCCAAAUGCACUGCUCAAAAGUGCAAUAGAGCUGGACGCACACAAGCGGCGAUCCGCGCGGCCAAGUGUCAUCGCCAACAGUCCGUACGCCUGCGAAGACUGUGGUAACUACUUCGCCCGACAGUGUGGCCUCACUCAGCACCGGAAGUGGAUUCACUCGGAGAACCGUCACAUUCCGUGCGAAAAGUGUGGCAAAAAGUUUCUAACGCAGGAAGAACUUACCAAGCAUAUGGUGCGACACGAACAGGAAGACAAACCCCACAAGUGUGUGCUCUGUACGAAGCAGUUCUGUCAUAAGAAUGACCUCCGGCGGCACAUGUUCCGUCACAACAACAGUGCACCAUUUUCGUGCAAGGAGUGCGCGAAGAGUUUCAUCCGCAAGGACCACCUGGUGGCUCAUAUGCUGUCGCACGAACGUCGCCAGAAGAGAUACAAGAAUCGCGUCGGCGAACUGUCAAAUUAGUUCCCUUUUGUUUGCGGUAAAUGUAGUUUGAUUAUGUUUCAAGUUUGCGUGAAAAUGUCGUAGUGUUUUCUAAUGAUAGUUAUUGCCUGACCUGAGUUCAGUGACUUACGCCUUAUUUUCUCUUAAAAAAUAACAUCAAUGAUGGAACUCGUACUGCAAUAUCCUUUUUUCAAUGUUGUGUUACGAAGUGCACUUUUUUGACGUCGUUAAAGAUACGGUAAAAUCAGAUACGGAAAUGAAUUUAAAUACAUCAAACAUUAGUUAUAGACUAAGGCAGAUCGUCGAAAAUGUAAUUGUACAAGUGAAAUAACAGCAGCAACAGAAAAUGAAUAAGUGAAAUUAUUAUAUGGUAUUUUAAGUAACCUGACAAUAUUUAAACAAUUGAUUUAAAUUAAUGCUCCAUUGCUCAUUAUACUGAUUAGAAAAAAAAUAUA